AUGUGUCACGCUUCCAUGGAGCUAUUCUACCUAUUUUCGGCACUAGGAACUUUUACUAUUAACUCCCUGAUCAAAUUAUAUAAAAGAGGGAAAGACGAUAUUUUGAAAGGAUUUAGCGUCUCGUCUUCAUGGACUAUUGUAGUUGUCAACGUGUUCCUGCUGAAGUCUUAUGCCUGGGGAAAUGGUAACGAAAAUAUCGUAUUCUACUAUUGGGUUUUAAUUCUUGCGAAUUUCGUCGCAGGUAUAGACGAUAUGCUUGUCUACGAUAUCGCCUCUAAUAAUAUUGCUGCUUACGAUCUUGGUGCGUCGUGUACCGGUGUAUUCGUAAGCCUAUUACAUUGGUGUGCAAUGAAAAUAUUGGAAAGAUAUAAGAUUGAUGUAAAUUAUGGGCUAAUAGUAUGUCACAUGAUUGUUCUGUUGAUUCUGUCGUUGGUUGCGGCAAUCAGUUGGACUACUUGUAUGUAUACAAAUUGUAACAAUGGUGGUUCAGGAUCAACCGUUUCAUCGACGUCCCCUAGCUGCAAUUGCGGUUUUUGGACAGCUUAUACUGGAACACUCCCGAUGACAGUCAUGAGCACCAUAGGUUAUGGAAUGAUAUAUGUUAUAUAUCCCCGUAUAUCGCCAUUCGAAAUGGUGCAAUUCGACUACCAGUACCCUAUUCAAAAAGUGUGUACAGUGCUUCAAGCAGGAGCUGGUCUUGCUAUAUAUGUUUUGAAUGAACAAGCAGGAUUGUCCGACAAAUGGAAAAAUGGGAAAAGAUAUUAUCAUCUCAUCUGGCUGUUGGCAAUACCUUAUCUGGCAAUAGCUUUUAUUUUUAUUAGGAUUAUGCAUUACCCCCAAUCACCACUCGCAAAAGCCAUUCGCAUGAAACCUUGGGUUGUGGGUUUUCUCACCGUCUUCUACUAUUUUGCAGGGCGUAUGUUAAUCAUGAUUGCGUGUGUUGCUAUUGACGGGAAUGCUAAGUGUACCGAGGGUAGUAAUAGUGAAAACACAAAAUGUGGCAUGGGAUCUACUAUCUCCUCUAUGAACCUAGGGGUCAAUUUGCUCGUCCUCAAUAUCACGAAAUAUAUUUCGGAGGCAUAUAUGGAUGAAUUCAUAAAACAUAGGAAAAGCGAGCAACCGCGCUCCGCUGCUGCGGAGUCCUCUAACCUUAACCACCAUGGAAAACCAUGGACAAAACGGCAGAAACAAUCUAGAGAUGCUUGGCAGGGAAUGCCUAAAGCAGCACAGCCUUUCCCUAAAAAUCUCUGCCCGCCCUUCGGAAUGAUGCCUCCGAUGAUGCCAAAACAGGGCGGGGCGCCAGUCCUAUUCCCUUUCAUGGGUCCAGCGGUGUACCAAAAUAUGAUGAAGAAUGCGGCUGGCAAGGCACCUGCAAAGGCAGGGGAGGAACUAGACAUGAAAGCCAUGAUGGCGAAAAUGCCGUUCCCAUUGCCUAAAAAUAUCCCAAUGAUGGGAUUACCGCCGCCAAACAUGAUGUACUGUUACCCACCGUCGUUCUACCCAAAAAACGCGGCCAAAGCGCCUCGUACGGGGAAAACGCCCGGAAAUAGCCAAUUGGCUAUAAAUAGACGGAAUCAGCAAAGCCGAAAGGCAGAUUAUGUCAACCUCGCUGAUGUCACUCGCAGUGGCAGAGCAAAACGAGCGCGUCUGUCCGCCGAGGAUGGGUCAGAAAACAUGAGCGUUAUCUCAAAUGAGGCUUCGAGUGAUAGCAGUGAAGGCAGUCAGCCAAUGAACUUGACAUUUGUGAAUACUUUCGUACCGUCGCCUCCAGAGCGCUAUAGGCGCGAUUAUGAGCUACACGAAAUCAAGAUGUUCUCGCCACUUGGUAUAAGAGCACAUGCCAAAGCCAAACAGUUAUCGCCAGAAGUUGUAACUAGCUUCGAAUCCGGCCCGGUUAAAAACGGUAAACUGGUACUACUGUUAGAUCUUGACAACACCCUUUUACACGCAUGUUCACAGACAAAGCUUGAUAUGCUGGACCUGCAGCUCUCACAUUUUGUGGACGAGCUGGGUGAACCAGAGCUGUUCAAAUUUACCAUGCCAAACUUCGCCAAUACUAGGUAUUACAUGAAACUAAGGCCCGGGUUACGUGGCUUCUUGCAGGUGCUAUCGCUAUAUUACGAAAUGUCCAUAUACACCAACGCCACAAAGGAGUAUGCGGACGUAGUAGUGUCCAUACUAGACCCAGAUAGGUCAUUAUUCAUGGAUCGUAUAGUUGCCAGGACAAACGUCGGAGAACGCGACCUACAGAAAACAGCUGCCAGGUUAUACCCCAAUUUGGAUCCCAGAUACGUUGUCGCUUUCGACGACAGGGCAGAUGUUUGGGCAGAUGUACCUUACAAUCAGGUUGUCAAGGCGGAGCACUACGACUUCUUCGACUCUCAUCUUGCUGAACUCACGGAUGCAUAUGGCAUUGUCUUGCCAAACACCGAUAACAAGCCAUAUUUGGACAACGACAGACACCUUGAACACAUGGUGAAGGUAUUUCUGGAACUACACAAAAGGUUCUUUGAAGAUCCAUUCAAUGCAAGUGUCGGAGAAAUCGUUGAGGAUAUGCAAUCUCAGGUGCUGAAUGGAGUUGGCAUAUUGCUCACGGGAUAUAGGAAGAAUUCAAAGGGUCAAGUAUUGCAGGCGGACUGCGAACAGAAACAAAAGGAAAUAGCGACUGAAAUGGGUGCGAUUGUUGUGAAAAAGUUAUCGGAUAAAAGGCUUACACAUGUAGUAGCUGGAAAGAACUGCACGGACAAUGUAGUAAAGAGUAUGGACCCAAGCUACUCUCAUGUGCACAAGGUCCACACGUUGUGGCUGUACAGCUGCAAAGCCACCUGGAGUAAAGUGCCACCUGAGAAAUUCAACGUAGAUGAGAUAUGCGAGGCGUAUGGAAACGAGCCGCCGCAGCAGCCGUGCAAGGAUCACUGGAAGGUGUUGAUAGAUAAUAGCGGCGACAACAGGAAAGUAGUAGUUAACGACACAACACCGGAAGACCAACUACCGACUCGCAUAUUCAUGGGCACUGGGUCAUACAGCCACGGAACGGAGCUCAUAUCUCCAAGCGAACGCGUAGUUAUUCGAUGGGACCCGGCGAAGACGAAGCUGCUACAAAACAAUUCGGUAGAUCCGAUAGAACAGAAGUGUGUUAAACAAAUGGUUUUGGAGAAUGCUCCUUAUACAAAUAGCGUUAACACAAACAUAAUAAAUUAUGAAUAA